AUGCCCCCCAUUCUUCCAACCCUCCCGCCUCUUCGUUCUCUUCCAGCCGCCAUAACCCCUCUCUUUCUCUCGAACGGCGCGAUACUAGCAACUCCAAUAUCAAUGCUGCGCCGUCGGGGCUUCAUGUGUGCGAUUUCGAUGCAUCUCUCUAUUCACAAAACCAAUACCAGUCCUUACCGCCAUUUACUGCUUCUUCCGUUCCUACUGCUCCUCCUGCAACUUCAAAUUUGCCUUCUGCUUCUUCGCCCUCUCUCGGGUCUAUUCAUUCUUCGACUUCUGCUCGGGAGCUAUCUUCACCACUCGCUUGUCCCAGAGGGAUCUGUUUCUCAUGCACCAAAUGCUACCACCGCUACGAUUGCUCCCACAUCACCCUGGCUUGAUUUGCUUGAGCUUAACCAUAAUAAUCUCGGCCGGGGUGACCAGUCGCUAAGCUCCUCGUUAUUGUUGCCAUCCGGGAUUGAUUUGCAAGCUAAGGCUGCAUCGACCUUGUCGAAUCCACCCUCUGAUUCGCCUGUUCCUGCUGCUCUUGCUGAAUGCAGUUUACUGUACCCAGAUUCUAAAGGGAAUGCGCUAGAUAUUGAUGAAUCACUUUUUUCAACUUUGCAAGAUGCCUUCGCGAUGCAAAUUCCACCAGACACACAAAUUUGUCUACCAGACUUUAACCAUCCGUCGAAUACCGCCCAACAGUAUUAUCUUCCUACUUCCCAAAGCAUUCACAACCAAGACAUCAAUCAUCUGCAACACCUUGAAUCGCAUGUUGCCAUCCCAUCACAAUCCCAUUCACAAGUCCCAACUCAACAUGUCCAAGAAUACCAUUCUUCUCCUCAAUCACCAGCUCCAAUCACAAGAGCCGGCCCAGACCCUACCACCAACUCUCGGCAAUCGUCCCCUUUAUCAACACGAACAAGACGUUCUCCUACAGCGGUGACUACGACAACGCCAGCGGACCAUGUUGCUGACAAGCGUCGACGCAACACCCUUGCUGCCCGCCGCUUCCGCCAAAAGCAACAUGAUCGUGUUGCGGAGCUAGAGCGUGCGCUGGAGAGCGUAUGCAAGGAAAGGGAUGAGUUGAAGAUGCAGGCUGCCAGAUGGGAAGGAGAGGUUGUUGCCUUGAGGGGAAUGUUGAGGAGGAGAAAUUUUAAGGACUAAGUGAAUCUUGUUCUGUUUUGCUUGAUGGACUUUUUGGCCGUUGAUUUUCUUUCCCGGAUGGAAAGACAAGGAAUUGGUGAGUAUGGAUUUUUUUUUUUUUUACCAACGCUUGGGUUGCGUUUCGAGUCAUUUAAUUCUGGUUCUGGUACUCGUUAGUGGUUUGUUGUGGGAGUUGUGUCUCUUGCUGCAGUCUAAUUUCGAAAAAGAGGAAAAAUGCAAUUGAUAAAUUGAUUCACUUUUGUUUUUUCGUCGUUGUUCCUUUUCUCAAGGUUCCGCCGUUUUUUCGGUCUUCGGGUACAUGUUAUAUAUGUCCUUUAUUUAUCCUUUUUAUUCUUUC